AUUUACUUUCCAAAUCUGAAUGACUGAGCAAGGCGAAAGGAGAAUCAAUCAACCACAAUGUGACCCUACAGGCAGAAAAAACAGCACUCCCACCAGCAAGCCAUGGGGGAAGGGAAGCACAUGUAACCAAGGCAAUCUUGCAUCAUGUACUUAUGCUGGCUUUUUAAGGCACUCUUCUCAUUUUCAUUUGUUUUCUCUGUUCACGGUAAUAUGUAAGGAUCUAAGAAAAAACCUGUGCAAAAUCGUUAAGAAUCAGAAAAAGGGUCGUAUACUAUAUGGGCUGUAAAAUAAGACUUUUAUCGGAUUUUCAGCAGUAAUUUUUUUUAAUGUUCUGCUGAUUCAGAAUUAUGGAGCUCCUGAACUGCGAAGGAAGAGUUAAUUGCUUCUGCAAGUGAAGAAAAGUCCCUGUGUGUGUUUGCUUCCUAUAAGAAGUUAAGGCUUUAACCAACUGCUACAUGAACUGCAAACAGUGUCUUGUAUUCCACGUUCUGUGAGGUAAGAAAAUAUUACUGAAACUGGCUUGGGCAGAGAACCUGCGGAAAUUAAAAGCUAGUGGGGAUUGGCCACCUCUAAGUCUGUGAGGCAUCAAGAUUUAUACUGAUUCUGAAGCAUGAAAACAUUUUUGAUGACACUUCAGGCAAACUGACAUUUAAAGACCUUUCUAAAAGAACAGGGCAGAGCUCUUGCUUCUGACUGACCUCAUCAUUUUUAGGUGGGGCUAAGAUGAGCAUAACUAGUGACGAAGUUAAUUUCUUGGUGUAUCGAUAUCUCCAGGAAUCAGGUUUCUCUCACUCUGCCUUCACAUUUGGUAUUGAAAGUCACAUAAGCCAGUCCAACAUCAAUGGGACACUAGUGCCACCUGCUGCCCUCAUUUCUAUCCUGCAGAAAGGUUUACAAUAUGUGGAAGCUGAGAUCAGCAUCAAUGAAGAUGGUACAGUAUUUGAUGGUCGUCCAAUAGAAUCAUUGUCUCUAAUUGAUGCUGUGAUGCCGGAUGUUGUACAAACACGACAACAGGCCUUCAGGGAAAAGUUAGCUCAACAACAAGCUGCUUCGACUGUCACUGCACCCAGUGCAGCUCCAACGGCACCUGCUCCUCCAUCACAAUCAAGCACACCAAAGAAUGGAGCAGCCACUGUGAAUGGGGAAGAAAAUGGGGCACAUGCAAUAAACAACCAUGCAGAAGCAAUGGAAAUUGAUGGGGAUGUAGAAAUUCCACCAAAUAAAGCAACGGUCCUUCGAGGGCAUGAGUCAGAGGUAUUCAUUUGUGCUUGGAAUCCUGUGAGCGAUCUCUUAGCAUCUGGGUCUGGAGACUCAACAGCAAGGAUAUGGAACCUGAUUGAAAACAGCAAUAGUAAUUCAACUCAACUAGUUUUAAGGCACUGUAUACGAGAAGGUGGCCAAGACGUUCCCAGCAACAAAGACGUAACUUCUUUGGACUGGAAUACUGAUGGCACUCUGUUAGCUACAGGAUCAUAUGACGGCUUUGCAAGAAUUUGGACACAAGAUGGCAAUCUUGCAAGCACAUUAGGACAACACAAAGGUCCCAUCUUUGCACUGAAAUGGAAUAAGAAGGGAAACUAUAUACUGAGUGCUGGCGUAGAUAAGACAACUAUAAUUUGGGAUGCUCACACUGGAGAAGCAAAACAACAGUUCCCCUUUCAUUCAGCUCCUGCCCUAGAUGUGGACUGGCAGAACAAUACCACCUUUGCUUCAUGCAGCACAGACAUGUGCAUUCAUGUUUGCAGACUGGGCUGUGACCGUCCAGUAAAAACCUUUCAAGGACAUACAAACGAAGUGAAUGCAAUUAAAUGGGACCCAUCAGGAAUGCAUUUAGCAUCAUGUUCAGAUGAUAUGACAUUAAAGAUCUGGAGUAUGAAAGAAGAUUUGUGUGUACAUGACCUGCAGGCUCACAGUAAAGAAAUCUACACAAUAAAAUGGAGUCCAACUGGUCCUGGCACAAGUAACCCUAACUCCAACAUCAUGUUAGCAAGUGCUUCAUUUGAUUCAACAGUCAGACUGUGGGAUGUGGAAAGAGGUGUUUGCAUCCACACGUUAACCAAGCAUCAGGAACCAGUUUACAGCGUAGCAUUUAGCCCUGAUGGGAAAUAUCUGGCCAGUGGAUCAUUUGAUAAAUGUGUUCACAUAUGGAACACCCAGAGUGGAUCCCUGGUAUACAGCUACAGAGGAACAGGAGGGAUAUUUGAAGUAUGUUGGAAUGCCAGAGGGGACAAAGUAGGAGCAAGUGCAUCUGAUGGAUCAGUUUGCGUUCUGGAUGUACGAAAAUGAAUCUAUAAAUUCUGUAAGAUUAAAUGGACCAGCAGCAAAUGUGCACUGUUUGAGACAUGAGAUUCCGAAAAUUGUACGAACCUGACGCAGUCUAAGCGUGCAAGAAAAACAGAACCUCAUACUUUAGGAAAAGAAAGGCCACCACAGAUCCAUUUCAAAAAAUACUUUAUUGGAAUUAAUAGUUUCCAAAUGGGCAUAAUUCACUCAGACAAUGCUCUGAAUGUCUGUAUUUGUUAUGUCUAAAAAGCUGGUUGUUACGGCAGAACUGACCUUACCAAAAAGGUUAAAGACUCAGAUGGAUAAAAAAGAGGCUCUAACAAACCAAAAGGGAAAACAUAAUUAUCAAUUUUACAUUUUUUCCUUCUAAUCUGGACACUACAAUUGUUUUCCCAAAUGACCUACAAAUACCAGUUUUUAUUGAUCAAUCAAUUUGACUUUUUAAUUAAAACACUUUCUAUUUUUAGACUACUUUUUGUUGCUUUGUCCAGUAAUUCAAUGGUUUUUCUACUAGCUUGGAAGAAUGAAACAGAGAAGAUCACAGGGUUGCCAGAGAAACUAAUCUUGCUUUUGGCUCAGCUUUAAUCUUUGUCCGCAAUUAAUGUGAUGUGCUGGCUAAUAAUGCACUUGAAGGAAUGCUUAACCCAGCUCUUUGCAAACCUCUUUUUUUCAUACUUUAGGUCCUACCUUGAUAUUCUCUACAACUCUGAGCGCCCAUCAAUGCAUAGCAGUGGCCUCUUAUCCUCUCCACAAUUUAGCUUAUAAUGGAACUUUUGUGAAACAGUGUCACAAGCUUUUUAUAACAUUGCAGCACCAGAAGAGCUUUUUACAAAGAUAUAAAAUAAAAUUAAGAAGAAAGAUGAACUUUUAAGAGAAAGAACCCACUGUAUUUUUGAAAAGAAAAAUAUUUUUUAUGUUAAAAAAUUAAUUUUAAAAUCAAACAGUAAUUGCAAAUCUUGGGUUUGUCUAAAUCAUGCAAAAAAAAAAUCUAAAAACACAGGGUAAAUAAAGACUGAAUACCCUUUUUGUUGAUUUUGAGUAGUCCAUUUUUAAGCGAGUACUAUAGAGUUUAUACAGUUCAGUGUGUUUGUGUGUGUGUACUUUGAGACCUACAGUACUAUUAUCGGGUCUCAAAGGUUUACCCUAUCCUCUUCCCAAUGCCUCACAUGACCUUACAUUAAUGACAGUUGUUCAUAUCAACAACUUGCUCCUGUUGGCUCUUCUACAGCUAUGGACAUGGAAUGCUCUUUGGUUCUUCAAUGAUUUCCCAAACGUAAAACUUAUCUUAAGUUAUAUUGUGAAUCUAUGUCUGCAAAAAGUCUUGUAUUCUAAGGUAGGUUUUUUGAAAAAAAAAUUCAGAUAUUGCUGGGAGAUUUUCUUAAAUAUUGAGAGUUUAUUGAGAAUAUAAUAGAAAUAUCUAAGCAAUAUACAUUAAAACAUAAACACAAUAUCAAUAAAUGGGGUCUUUUACUAGUACAAAUUUUUAGAACUGAAAAAUAUUUUUUCAUUAAGCUGAGGUUCAUCUAUUUUUAUUUUAAUUUCUAUUACAUUGAUGUAUUUAAAUUCUUACAUUGCAGUUUCGCAACAUAACAUUUUUACAAUACCUUUACUUUUAAGAUAAGGUUAUUUUAUCUGCUGUCCAACUUGCGGGCCUGGCGGCCAGACCCCCCUUGUGUGGCCCCCACAUGAAAGUCUGCCUGCUGUGCCUAUUUACUUUGUGUAAGCUUUAAAGGGUAUCACAACUGAGAUUUACUGGCCCCUGCAUAGUUUAACCUCAAAUUCAGACAGUAAGAUUCACACUUGUAAUCUCUCCUGCAUUGUUCAUGACUUUGAUACCUCUAUUGUUCAAACCCCUAAAGCCCUGUACUGUUUACAACUCAGAGCCAGACUGAAAGUGCCCACAUUGCUCACCUGUUCACACCUCAUAAAAACUGCUGACGGGCAUCAGUACUGUUUCACUGUAUGUAGCACAGUAUGAAUUGUAUAUCAUAGAAUGGUCCUGAUAGGUUUCCCUGUCUCCUGCUGUAUUCUGCCUUCCCUGUGCUCCCUGUGUGUGCCAUACUCUACUUGCCAUAUGCUCCCUGUGUGUGCCAUACCCUGCCUGCCCAAUGCUCCCUGUGUGUGGCAUACUCUGCCUGCCCAAUGCUCCCUGUGUGUUCCAUGCCCUACGGGAGGUGAACCUGGUGGAUGUUUGUUAGCAUUUGUUAGGGUGCUGUGUUAUCCACAGGGGAGGAUGAGGCAUAUGGAUUUAAGGGUAUGUCUUAACAUGACUUUAUAAACUUGUUUCACAUAUAAGUGAAGAGUGAUACUCCUGCAGUGAGCACCAACCAUUAUGUUUUUUAGUGUGUUAUCAGAAUUAAUGUGGACAUGCUCUUAAAAGUUCUUGUGGUAACAUGGGUGUGGUUUCAAUUGAGUGUGGUUUAAAAACAGGGAGUUGUCUACACUGAUUUCCAUUAUCGGCCUUCCACCACGUAGGCCAGAAAAAUUCCGGCACUAGGUGCCACAGAAGUCUUAGAUUAUUCUUCUAUACUUGAGAAGAAGUUAUGGCUUUUCUAUCCAAUUGUCUGCUAUACUUUAAUAACUGCACUGAUAAAAUAUAAGCAGCAACCCAGAUAUCAACAGAGUGCUGUAUUUAUGGACUUUGGCAAAAAGUCAUAUUUGUAAAGACCUGAGUAUGAGGAUGAUGCAAACAGUGGGUAGUUUAAUUGUGAUUAAACCGCUGAAAUCUUGAGGUGCUACUACUGGGGUUCACUAGAUAAGGUGGCUGCUGAUGAAUUUCCAAGUUUUUAAUGUUAAAAACAAACAGCAUUUGUUAGGGUGCUGUGUUACAUGGCUGGAGGACCACCAGUUUAGUUUCUACCUUCAACUGUAUAAGAUCUACAUACUGCACCGUGUUUAAAAUAGGGCAAAGUAAUUAGAGAUGCAUACUUUUCUGAUGAUGUUUGUUAUUGAUUAGAUGCAUUAAUUAAUAUCUAACAUUUUUUUUUUCAUUUUGAACUGUAUGAUGCUGCAAAAAUCAUUAAACGUGAUAUGAUUCCAAU